AGCCUCACCCCACCAAUCGCGUCGCGCCUCACGAACGCGAGCUUCACGACAUCGUCAUCACUUCGCCAAUACAUGAACAUCGCCAUGUCUAGAACCACGCGCCCCAAAACGCUGGAGUUACCUCAAUUUCCUUCCUUGCGAUACACGGUCGUCGCACACUACAACUUAGAGCAUGGCUGAACAGAUACCCUUUGACGAGCAGUCAAACUACGAAACGUUCCGAGAGUGCCUGAGCGAGCCGGUCUUGAGAGCUCUCACGGCACCGAUUGAGAAAUCGGGACCCAAAAAGAAGAGACAUGCCAAGAAAGGAUCGAAGAGCAGGAAUGGCCAUGUCUCUGAGAAGGGCACAGAGAAGGCAGAGGCGAAUACCGUAUCUUCUCAACCAAUUGCACAGAACGAUGCAGAGGACCUCGGCGACUUUAUUGACUUUACUAGCAGCUUGAUCUUCCCAGAGCUCCCCACCGACCUCCGAACUCUAUCAUACUCUAAAUUCAAGGACUCGAUUCAUCUACAAGACGUCUACUCAACCCCUCUCUCUGCCUCAACGUACACCUCCCUACUCAGCACCAUCACCCCGACCGCAAUCGAGACCCUCGAAUCGUCUGGACUUCUCCCUGCCAGCUCCGACACAACGGAUCAACACCACCUCCUCACCCCCGUCCUGACGACCUAUAUAACCGCUGUUACUUUACCCCCACCCAUCUGGUCUCUGACACGUACAACGGAGUGUGAGCUUUGCGGACGCGACUGGGUACCACUGACUUACCACCACCUCAUCCCAAAGUCCACACACAACCGUGUUCUGAAGAGGGGCUGGCAUACAGAGGAUAAGCUGAACAGCGUUGCAUGGCUAUGUAGAGCUUGUCACAGUUUCGUACAUCGGCUUGCAAGUAACGAGGGACUGGCGAGAGAGUACUAUACGGUAGAGUUGAUCAAAGAGGGCGGGAUAGAACAGGAUGUGGAUAAGAGGGAGAGUGUUGAAGGAUGGGUAAGGUGGGUCGGGGGUGUGAGGUGGAAGAGCAGAUAGUCUGAAAUAUAGUCAUGGGCAAGGAGUUUAGCACUUCUAGUGGUGUGUAUCUAUGAGUAGUCUCAAUGUUUCUCUCCUGUCAUCUCUUCUUUACGCUCUUGUUCCAUCUUAUGCCUGUUUCUCUUCUUCAAUUCCUGUGUCGUGCCUUCGUCAUCAAACGCAAGCCUGCACAAGCGCAUGAUCCAAUUUCCUGUCUUUCCUUCUCACUCUCCCGAUCGCAUAUAUCGCUUCGACGAUCUUGGUUUUUGCAAACUGAUCACUGUAAAGCUAUUUGAAACCUUGC